UGCGUGAUUAACCUUAUUUGACCUCCAGUUCAUUCUGCUGUUGUCUUCGUUAGCUCUGCAUUGCAUCGUAUAGUGAUAUAUACUAACCACUAAUUCCAUCUUACAUGAACAUCAAUUAACAACAUGAAGCGAGCGAGGGAGAUGAAAGCCAAAUCUGCUGUGGUUGCCAAGACAACAGAAUACGAAUUCAUGGGCCCGGUCGGCGCAGUUUUAAUGGUGUUUGGGCUUCCAGUAACUGUGUACUAUCUAUAUUUCGCUUGCCAGCCUCGCAGCUGCACUGUUCUGAAUCUAGCGGUAAUUCCAACUGACGUCACUUCCUACAUAGAUAAAGAUGCCACUCUGGUCGUCCUGGGGUGGUUCGUGUUCCAAUCAGCGCUGUACAUGCUACCAGUAGGUCGGCAAGCCCAAGGACUGCCACUGAAAUCGGGAAAAAGACUGACAUAUCGAAUCAAUGCAUUUUUUGCUAUGAUUGUUAGUUUCAUAACAUUUGGAUUUGCUGUGUACUAUAAAUACAUGUCAACAUUCCUAUAUGACAAAUAUCUGCAUUUAGCGACUGCGGCGAUGAUAUUUGCUUUGAUGCUCAGUGUAUUUCUGUACAUCAAAGCGAAGCUCGGUCCGCAGUCCGCACUGUGUGAUAGAGGCAAUUCGGGUUACUUUUUCUAUGACUUUUUCAUGGGUCAUGAAUUAAAUCCCCGAAUCGGUAGCUUUGACUUAAAGUUUUUCUGCGAACUGCGACCAGGGUUAAUCGGAUGGGUGUUGUUGAAUUUUGGCAUGGUAGCAAAGGUUUGCAUUACUGAGGGCAAGCCCAGUGCGGGGAUUAUACUGGUGUCUGUAUUCCAGGCGUGGUAUGUAAUAGAUGGGCUGUGGCAUGAAGAGUGCAUUUUGACAACGAUGGAUAUUGUACAUGAUGGGUUUGGUUUUAUGCUUGCCUUUGGUGAUUUGGUCUGGGUGCCCUUCACUUACAGCUUGCAGACACGGUAUUUAGUCGACCAUCCACUUGACCUAUCUUAUAUCUCCAUAGCUGCUAUCAUCGCUAUAAAAUUAGCAGGUUAUGCUAUAUUUAGAGGGUCUAAUUCUCAAAAAGAUUGCUUUCGAAGAAAUCCCCAUGACCCAAAGUUGCAACACUUGAAGAGCAUAUCGACCGAUUCAGGGAGUCGUUUACUUAUUAGCGGUUGGUGGGGCAUGGUGCGUCAUCCAAAUUACUUUGGUGAUAUCCUGAUGUCCAUAGCGUGGUCAUUGCCAUGUGGAUUUAGUAGUGUGUUGCCAUGGUUUUAUCCAAUUUACUUCACGAUAUUGCUAAUUCACAGAGAACAGAGAGAUUCUCACCAGUGUCAGAAAAAGUAUGGGAAAGAUUGGACACGCUAUUGUCAGAUUGUUAAAUAUCGUAUUUUUCCAUAUAUCUAUUAG